AUGCCGAGAGAUGUGGGACAGCCUGGCCCCAUUACUUGUGUCCCUGUAGCCGUGGAGGGUUCCUGGUAUUGCAGCAAAAACUUUGGAACAGAAUUCAUGGCGCCUCUUCCAGCAGUUGACUGUAGUGGACAGAUUGCAAUCAACACAAACUUGUCCGUUUAUUCUGAGUUAAGACUGUUAUGUGCAUCGUUUUUAUGUAAAAAAAGAUGUAUUUGUGUAAAAUGUGGUGACUUAGCAGCUGUUGAACAGCUGCUGAGAAAUGGGGCAGAUCCCAAUGUCAAAGAUAAUGCUGGCUGGACACCACUGCACGAGGCAUGUAACCAUGGGCACAAAGAAGUGGUGGAGCUGUUGCUACAAUACAAGGCGCUGGUGAAUACUACGGGGUAUCAGAACGACUCGCCGCUUCACGAUGCUGCCAAGAACGGGCAUGUGAGCAUUGUUGAGCUGCUGCUUUUGCAUGGUGCCUCUCGUGAUGCAAUUAAUAUAUUUGGUCUGCGGCCCGUGGACUACGCAGAAAGCGAAAAGAUGAAGUCUGUGCUAAUGUUACCAGUGAAGAAUGAAUCGUUUUCCCUUAACCAGCCCUCUGAGGUAAAUACUUCACAGCCAAGAGCUGGACCUCUUGGUAUACUGGGGAGCAAUCUUAGUUCGGAGCAACAGAAAUUGCUGAACAAACUGGCAACAGUUCUGAAGGCUCAAAGGUGUACUGAAUUCAACAGCAGAGUAACUCAUCUUGUUAUCCCUGAUGUUCCAAUGCCAAGUACUGUCAAAUGUCUGAUGGCUGUUCUGACGGGAUGUUGGGUCCUCAAGUUUGAAU